ACGUUUCCUUUUUGGUGAAAUUCUCCAGCCAAGCUGGGUGCUAACCGAGUAGGCGAUUUCACUUCACCGUCACUUCACAAAAGACUUCCAAAUCCACUGCGGCAGACACUGAGAAGUAAAAUGUUAAGUACAUUCUAGCUGAGAGGAGACAGAAGCCUCCACACUCAAUCAAAGGUUUGCAAUAAUAGGAUUCAUAAAAAUUUAAAAAAAAAAAAAAAAAAAGCGGACAGAUGGGAUUAGAAAAUGUUGCAGUGAAGACUGUGGAAUGAGAUGAGCUCACAGCCCAGAGCCCAGCCUGUCUUUUGUGGACCUACACAAUGAUCCGAGAGCCAGACUGGAUUAGGAAACCUUGCAACUAGGGGUCCAGAGAGGGGCUGCGGCUUCCCAGGCACUUGAGGGGGAGAAGGUUGAAACGAUGCAUCAGAUUUAUAGCUGCAGUGAUGAAAAUAUAGAAGUUUUCACCACCGUGAUUCCUUCCAAAGUGACCAGCCCAGCCAGGAGAAGAGUCAAAAGUUCUCAACACCUCUUGACUAAGAAUGUGGUUAUCGAGUCAGACCUGUACCCGCCACGGCCCCUGGAGCUGCUGCCUCACCGCACCGACCGCUGGGACACUGGCGACGCCCGCAGGUUUGGCCGGGUCCAGAACGCACGGCCACCCAGAGCGCAUCCCGCCAAAACCCCCACCAGACCUGUGGGGAUUUCUGAACCCAAAACAUCAAAUCUGUGUGGAAAUCGAGCAUACGGAAAAUCACUGAUUCCUCCUGUGGCCCGGAUCUCAGUGAAAGCUCCAGCCGCAGUAGAGGUAGCAGCCACAGGCUCAGAGAAUGGAGCUAUUCUGGGGAGAGGAUCCAGACACCUCAAGAAGAUGGCUGAAGAGUAUCCAACCCUUCCCCAGGGAGCAGAGGCCUCCCUCCCACUGACAGGCAGUGCUUCCUGUGGUGUCCCCAGUAUCCUCCGGAAAAUGUGGACCAGGCACAAGAAAAAAUCAGAAUAUGUGGGAGCCACCAACAGCGCCUUUGAGGCUGACUAAAGAUGACCCUUCUCAUGUUCCUUACAUUGGCCAAGGUUCACAGGACAAGGGAGGAAAGAAAUCUGAAGACUGGGACUGAGCCAUACUCACCUCUCCUGGCAGCUGGUCCAAAUGCAUCAUCUUCCCUCCCCAGGAAGUCACUCUGGUUUAGGGCACAGGACAGAAACGUGCCUGGAAGGCAAAAGAAAACUGUUCCUUAGAACUGCUGAAGUCACUGGUCUGAAAGUCACUUUGGGAGGUCAUAAAGUUUAUAUCCCUAUCUUUAGACAAAACUAUGUACUAAAAUCAAACUUUCCCAGCCUGUCUGUUUUAACAAAAUGUAAGAUUUCUGGUGUAAAAGCUUAACAUUUGAAGGACUGGGGAUUUAUCUCAGUGGCGCCAUGCCUGCCUCCCAAGCGCAAGGUCCUGAGUUUGAUCCCCAGUACCACAAAAAAAAAAAAAAAAAAAAAAAAAGCUUAACAUUUGAGUCACUUGUAAA